AUGUAAAAUCACAAAUGCAGAUUCUGUACACAUAAAUGUUAAUGCUUGUAUGCAUCUAUUGAUCAGAUAUCAAAAAAGGGAAAUCUUAUUUAAACAAUGAAUAUCAGUCUCUACUAUAAACAUGGACAGAGCUAAAAUUAUUUUUUUUCUCGACAUAUCAACUAAAUAAUAAGAAAGGAAAAGCAUACUAUCUAUACAAGAGUGGAAGAUUACAAAAUAUUAGACAAUUAAGAAGAAUAUCUUAGACAGUUCUAUCAUUUCCCUAAUUGUUAACAUCAAUUAAAAUAACUAAUACAAUAUUAUAAAGUAAACAUAUCUAAUUACUUAUAAGUUUAGCAUUGAUCAUCCUAUGCUAUACUUUCUAGAAUUAAAAGCAAUUAUUGUAAAAUACAUAAGUAGUAGAUCUUAGGUUGAAUAUCAGUGGGCAAUUAAUUAAAUAGAAAUUGAGGCUAAUAAGGAAGGUGGUGUGAGUCCGAAAAAAAGUAAAAAGAAAAGUACUCCAUUGGUUAAAUAAGAAUUGUCAUGUUUUUUGAAAGAAUUAAAUGAUACACAAAAAUCUACUACAAUGUUAUAAUUGCUUAAAAAUGUUGAGGCUGACAGAACACUUGAGAAAGAUUUGUAAAAAUAAUUUACUCAAUCUCUUGUUGAAUAAGAUUUAACUAAAGCUAUGCAAUUUUCGACUUUUCUAUAACAAAAAGAAUUGCAAAAAUAAAAAGAAUCUAUAAUCAAAGAAACUAAUACUAAUUCAAGGACAGUGUAUGUUGGAAAUAUAAAAAAACAAUUAAAUCUAUAAAUAGGUACUCCAAGAAAAGCUAGUAAUGUAAUUACUAAUAAUUUUAGUACUGGAUGUAGUACUCAUGCUCAUUCAAAUAUGAACACUAAUUAAAAUAAUGGAGGAAUAUCCAAUAAUUCUAAUCAUAGAAUUGUUGUUCCAAAUUUUCAUUUUUUUAAUCAUAAUAUAAAUCCUUCAACUCAAACUUCGAAUAAUCAAAACACUGUUAAUCAUAAUUUUAUAACUAAAACAAGUAUUGUCAAUAGUUCUAAUGGCAAUGUUUUGAAACCUUAAACAAUUUAUAAAAUGUAGCCUUUAAGAUUAAUGGAAGUUCCAAAAUUAAAAAUUAAAUUAAAUCAUUAAGAUCCAAAAUCUGAAAGAAAAUAUGAUAGAAUUCGAGAAAAUAGAAUUGAUUGCUUAACUUAAAGAAUCAAAACUUAAUUAGAUGAAUCAAACACUGCAAGAGGUAGUGUUAAUCCUAAAGCUAUAGUAAUCAAAAGAAGAUAAAAUUUUUAGCAUUGA